AAGGAAAAUCACCUUCACCCUCGCGUUCCGCAAUCGGCACGUGCGAAACGUCAGCCAAGCGACCGGUUUCUACCGAGCGUUUGCGAUCAUGGCGUCGGCGAACGACGAACCCUCCUCCGUCCCUCGGCGGCGCUUGUCGUGCACCACCUGCUUCGACGCUCUUUGGUUCUGCUACUCUCCAGUUCAUCAGAUGCAGCAAUACUACCGGCUGGGGGUUCUCGACAACUGCUCCGGAAAAUGGAGUGCCCUCGUCGAUUGCUUAACUCUCAAGACCAAACGAGCUUCCGAAGUUCAGGAAAUCCUGGAAAAUCGCGAGAAAGCUCAGCAUCAUAUCUGGACUUUCCGGACACCACAGGAAGCUUCUUCUCACUGGAAAGGGUUGUUUGGACAUCUGGAUAAGCCGGAGUGAAAGAAGCCUGGUUCUGUUUGAUGUCGCCUUUGUUUUCUCGACCCCUUCUCGUUCAAAUGCCAUGGGUGCAUUCGAGAAAUUUUCUUUUUUUGGAAAUUGAAUUGAUUCAUAAUGUUGAGGGAGAAUAAGAUGCCGACGACUAAGAGCCAAACCAUGGAUAGACAACCAUGAGUGCGGCCAGGGAAUCCGAAAUUGUCAUGGCAACUCGGUCUUUCACAAUAUCACUGACCAUCUAUGGACUAGUAUCUGAGGGUGAUCGAUCAGCCUUUUUGGUCGACAAGAUUGACAAGAGAGAGUAUCUUUCUUCCCUAAA